AUGGAGGUAGAUGAACAACUUCCCAACGCUCCGCACAUUGGCAGCUCUACUAAGUGGGCUAAGCAACCACGUGAUGCCAAUGAUCUUGAGGGGGUAGGUACCAGGGGCAUCAUCGUUUCUGGCUCAAGAGAUCGCACCGUUCGGGUCUGGGACGGUCAACGAGGAUUGUGCCUGUACACCUUGAAAGGACACUUGGGUAGCGUGCUGUGUCUCGACUACGAUGAGGAAACUCUGAUCACAGGAUCGUCCGAUGCGACCGUUAUCAUUUGGGACUUCAGGCUGUGUGCCACUCGAGCUCGAGCUACGGAUUCCGGCAUCGACGCAGGGAGCGGGGAGGUGUGGGUGCCGAGCAAGAUCGGAAAGCUAGAGGGUCACGGAGCUGGCGUACUAGAUGUCAGUUUCGACAAGGAAUGGAUCAUCAGCACUUCCAAGGACACGACCAUUCGUAUCACGAGCAGAAAGGAUAUGGCCCUCAAGCGCGUUUAUAGGCAGCAUGUUGGACCGGUCAAUGCUGGAUGUCUGGGCAAGCUCGACGACGAUCGGACGGUAGCCGUCAGCGCCAGUGGUGAUGGAUCUGUACAAAUGUGGGAUCCGGCCACGGGCGAGUGCCUGCGCGUGUUCGAAGGGCACGAGAGGGGGCUGGCCUGCAUCAGCUUCGCCAACAUGACGGUCGUCACUGGGUCCAACGAUCAGACCGUACGCGUGUGGGAUGCCAAGACUGGAGCAUGCCGAGCCAUUUGUCGAGGACAUGCGCAACUUGUCAGGGCUACGGCUUUUGACCCCAUCAGAUACCUCGUUGCUGGAGCUGGCUACGAUCGACAAGUCAUGCUGUGGGAUGCAGCCGACGCUCUUGCGGGUCCGACAUGUGCGGGUCGCAUCUUUGACGUUAGACUGGACGCGCAGAGAAUCAUUAGCGCCGGAGAAGACAAGCGCAUUUGCAUCACUGACUUUGUGGCAGGCGAACCGCUCAUGCGUCUGUUCCAGUGA